AUGCCCCCUUUCCGAAACCCCGUUUUACGACUCCCCAACCGUACAAAACCGACUCAGGAUAAAACGGUCAACAGCCAGAAACGUCCUCAGCCAAAAACACCCAGCACCGGAAAUAAAACCGGUAGCAGAAAGCGAGCACGAAAGGAACCCUCGGCUCCCCGGUUGACUCCUCCCCCCACAAGUCCUGUCCGAUCUCCAUCGUUCCAUCCGAGUGAGGACGAACAAAGCUUCCAUGGUAACGAGGACGACGAGGCCGAUCCGGACGAUAACCCGAGCCAAUCAAUUGGCUUUCAUGGUAACGAGGCCGAUCGGAAUGGUAACCCGAGCCAAUCGAUUGGCCUCCGUGGUAACGAAGCCGAUCCGGACGGUAACCCAAGCCAAUCGAUUGGCUUUCGUGGUAACGAAGCCGAUCGGAAUGGUAACCCAAGCCAAUCGAUUGGCUUCCGUGGUAACGAGGCCGAUCGGAAUGGUAAACCGAGCGACUCCAUCUUUAAUCUUCAACAGAAGACGCGAGCCAUCGACCCGAUCCGCGCGGAUAUCUGGAUCCGAUGUCGUGAUCUCUAA